GUCGAGGUGAGAAGAUGAAGCGCCCAGCGGUAGGAGAAGGCGGCGGAGGUCGUUCGGAGGAGGGAACGAGCAAAGAGUUUGGGAAGAAUCGGUGGAAGCAGCAGAAGAGGAACGAGCGGCGGUUGGGAGGGAAGGGGCUCUCUCUUGAAGCCUUCGCGAAUGCCAAAUCCAGGUCCUCCGGAUACAACCCCGCCCUCAUAAAAAAGCAAAAAGAGUUCUAUAGAAAUGCAAAAUAUGUGACCAAGUACAAGAAGACACUAAAACAACAAAACCUGGCCAGUGAUCAUAUGCCAAAAGUUUCGGAUGAUAAGGAUGGUGAUAAGACCGAAAACUCGCAAAUGCGAAGUAAAACAAAGAAGAAGAGUCUGCUGAGCUUGAGAGAAGAGUACGAGAAGAAACACGCAGAAGUCGAAAAGGCUAAGACGGAUAGGGAAGCAAUCAUCCAAGCAAAGAAAGAAGAGAGAGCCAAAGCUGAAAACAGAAGGAAGGCCGAGAGGGAAAAGAUGUUUAAGAAGACCAGAUCUGGUCAGCCUGUCAUGAAGUACAGAAUAGAGCACCUCUUAGAAGGUUUACUAGAUGGUUCUAAAUAGUAGCUAUACUUUGAUGUAUCUCAACUAAUUUUGACUGUAUGAAUGUUACAUUUUUGCAACAAGUUCAUGAAUUCCAUUAUGCAUUCGUGCACAAGAUUUUAGCACGACUCUUUUUAUAGACAACUUUAA